AUGGCAUCUUCAACUAACCCAUCAACUUGGUCAACUGUCGAUGUGGUAGAGUGGUUACGCAAAUGUAAUCUAGAACAAUACGCAUCAUCAUUUCAAGAAAAUGAAGUAGACGGUAGUCUACUACUGGACGAUGGCUUUGAUGAUAAUAUAAUCAAAGGCUUAAUUCCAGUCUUGAAACACAGAGUGUUGUUCAAUAAUGAAAGAAAGAAAAUAAAGGGGGUAACCGUGUCGCCCAGUGUCCAAAUCGAUAAUUAUGACGCUGUGCCUGAAACUCAGGUACAAUCUUUGAACGUUGAUACGUAUACGACUAAUUUAAAAGCUACGCUUGGCCUGUCUCAACCCUUGCCUCGAUUAGGUUCUAAAGCGCAUUGUAAAUGGAAUAGUGCCGAACGAAGUAGUAUAUCAUUAGAUACCUCUCAUCUUAUCCAAUCAUUUAAUACCAUUCAUACUACACUGAUUAAUCGUCAUACGCUUAGCGAUGAAGCACAAGAUCUUCUUUCGAAUCUAUUCAAGCAUAUUUACGCAUCACCGGAAGGAAAUAAUGAACAAUUUUAUGCUUGUUUUAACGUACUUGUUGAUGAACCAAUCAGCUCUGCUGUUAUUCUCCGAAAUAUUCAGCAAAACCGUUCUUUGAAGCCUCAUGUAAUUGACAGUUUGCAACGCUUCCAUGGCUUAUCUGAUGUUAUGCAUUCCUUAUUGCUGUGUCUUGAUUCGUCAGAAACUGAACUUGGCUCAUUUGUCGAUAUUGUUGAUCAAAUUACCAAAUACACAUUAAUUGUGUGUACUAUCGAAUCACUCUCGUUCGAUAGUCAACGAUUCUUUAGUAAUUUAAUAUUUAAAAAUGAUUUGCCUGUUCCUUUAGCGUAUUAUACUCCCAAUGAGUUUAAAAUUAAUUUUAAUAAUCUGAUUGAACCACUUUGUUUUUCACGUCACCGGCUGAUGCUUCUUAUGGGAAGUCCUACAAGCGUAGGUCUGGGCAAAACAAGUUUGAUUCCAUACAUUUUCCAAAACAAACGUAGUGAAUGUUUAAACAUUGAUGGAAAUCAAGAAUUACGAUCAGGUUGUAUCGAUACUGUAUUGGCCGAAUUUAAAAAGAGCUGUUCCUAUGCAGUAUUUGAUGUUCAUGGGACCAUGAAUGUAUUAAAUGAAGAUUUGAUCACAACUAUUCAAGUUCAUAGUUCUAUACAAGUAUUGUGCGUAACGGAAUCUGAUUUACACCAAGGUAGUUUUCUUGCUGACACGCUGAAUUAUUCAUCUGAAACAAGAACAAAGCCAACGAUCAUCGUUAUUUUUGACUCUAACUACAAUAAGAAGAAUUACAAUUCGACAAGCAUCUUAGGUGAUUUUCAAAAACAAUUUCAAAACGAACAGUGGCAGAAUGCAGUUUUUAUGACAGCGCCUGUACUACAAUCUACAGCAGUCAAUUCGUCUUUUAACACUGUUCGACGAACACAGCGUCUUCGUCAGUCAUUUAUGGAUUCCUUCAACACAUUACAGGCUAAAAUUGAAGAGCAACCUCAAUGUGAAUCUAUUUUCGCCAUUCAAGCGUACUAUCUAGCUACAAAAUCAGAGACUAAUGUAUGCCCUUCGCCAGUAUACCGCUUACAAAUUCUAUCAGAAUUGGACGGGCUUUUCGGGCAGCUAAAUGAUAAUACGCAGAACCUAUCGAUUACAACGCCAGUCAGUUACCUUGAUGGUGCCAUCCUAAACUGUGAAAAGCAACUCUCUGCUUCGUGGCAAGAGCCACCAAACAGUAUUCAGCAACAACUGAUGGAACUUCGACAAGAAUACGAUAGAAUUGAUCGCAUACCUCCUUAUACUGACUUUUUCAUUAAAUUAAUCACGAAACGAUCGUAUGUUGAGUUGUUACUAACAGAAAAAUAUUUACAAUAUUGGAGGGCACAAUAUGAACCACCGCUGAUCAACCGAAUGACAUUAGCAAAAAAAGAUGCUAUGACACACUUGUCGUGUAUUAAACAACUUGAGGCAGUAGGUCAAGAUGAAAUUAGUCAGAAAACUGAAGCAGAACGUGAAAAUAUUGAAAACCAAUUGUUACUAUUGCGGAAUGAGUUCAAAAGUCAUGAAGAUCUUAUUCACAAUAUCGAAAAUCAAUUGGCCAAUGUUGACUUAACGAUUGGAUUAUUUUGUGAUGAAAUCCUAGCUGUUUACGAACAUUGUCCAAAACUAUUUGACUCAAAUAAUUUAUUUACUCUAUUAACUCAAAAGCUUAGUGAACUGAUGUACAAAGGCUUUUCAUUUCAUAUAUUACGCGGUCGCCCUCUUCGAUGUCACAGCAAACUGAUGCAAGAAUCGCUUCGGUUUCUUCAUCAAUCAACAAACAAAGCACCAUUCGUAUUAACCGUUAUCGGUGAACAGUCAUCGGCUAAGUCAUCUCUUCUUAAUUCAACUUUUGGCUGUAACUUUCGCGUGAGCGCCGGCCGUUGUACAAUUGGCAUGUAUAUGAGUGUAGUUCGCUGGCAUGAUUAUACAAUCGCUAUUUUUGAUACCGAAGGUCUAAUGUCUUUGGAGGAAUCGGGCUCGAUAUUUGAUAACCAAAUGGUUUCAAUGGCCAUGCUCUCGUCCCAUAUGGUCCUUGUCAAUCAUAAAGGAGAGUUUAGUUCAAGUUUAGAGCAUCUUAUUGGGAUGAGUUUUUACGCAAAAUUACAGAUUCGUUCUCCAUUAAAGCCGAAACUACUUUUUAUCUUACGGGAUCAGUCAGAUACGACUGCUACAGGCAUUUUCUUCCGUCAACUAUCGAAGUUUAAAGAAAAUUUAUAUAAUAACAGUAAAUUUCUGAAGUCAUCAAUCGACGACGAACUCGAAAUCAAUGAUCAAAAUGUCAUUCUGCUACCAAACGCGUUUUCCAGUGAUACAAAUACCGAAUUAGGAAUUGAACAAACAUGGCGAAAUCGCACUUUUCCCAUGAAGAUACUCGAACUACGCAAUAUGAUUUUCAAAAAUCUGACUGAUGCUAACUUAGAAGUAUAUAUAGAUUUAGCUAAUUUAUAUCAGAGGAUUCUAUGCAACUGGAAUGCUAUUGACAAGUUGGGACCAAACCUCUUGGCCUGUAAAACAUUGUAUGAACUAUCAGUAAUGAACGAAUUGCGCGAUAUAGCCAAUGAUAUUAUACUUAAUUCCGUUAAUAUGGUCAAUCAGGAAGGUCAACAACGCAUUGAUAGCGUCCUUGCGUCGACUAGACUAGAAGAUCAAUCAAAUUCUGACACGGAUAAUCUUAUCGGUCUCUUUGAUGUAGCUCUGCAAAGUAUACACCAGAAAAACAUAAAACUUGCUGUCGUAGAAUUUCAUUCCAAGACGCAGCGCAGCUGUUUUCCGCUUGAACUGAAGCAAAAGGUGGAGAAGAUGAUCGAUCCGCCAAUUGCUCAUAUACAAGUACUGUUGCGCGAUGAAUUUGGUGAGCGCCUCUAUAAAGCUCGUCGUAAUGCUCGUGUUUCAAAUGCACAACGACGACUGAUCGAUAAUGUGAAGUCAAGAUUUGAUCAGAAUAUGAAUUUGUCUAUUGAAGAGCUACAAGUACACAUCGAAGAAGCUUAUACAGCUGAACGGGAAACAUUGAAUCAAACAGUACGACCAGAAUUUGAAACUCCUGACCUAAUUACGACGAAAAUUCUCAACUUCUACAAUUCGACUUUGCAUAGCAAAACAGCCAAUAUUCGUCAUGGAAAUGUCUACAAUUUGCUUCCUUCAUUUGGAAUAGAUCAAUUUCGAAAGCGAUGUCGCGACUUUGAUGACACUUGGGAAUGCAUGGUCAAACGAGAGCCACAAGAAACUGAUACAAGUCAUCCACUUGUUCGAGCUUUUCGGAGGUUCCUUUUUGGUAGUCCUCCUGAUGAGUACGCCGAGGAACUAUGGUAUUAUCUAAAAGACAAAGUCAUUUAUUGGUUUAAUGAUCCUUAUAACAACUAUAAAAAUAAAAAGCUACUAUUGCCUAUUUUCGCUGAAUUGUUACCUCAACUUCGCGCAGAUAUUAGUAAGCUUGUUUGUGAGCGAUUUCAGUCGUCGUCUGACAGUCGCGUUAUUACCCAUGUAAUUGAGUUAAUAGAGAACCUGCUGAGUGCUAAUAUUAUCAAACAGAAUUUAAAGCAUCUUAAUAAAUGCACUCUAAUAAGUGAUGUGGCACUGAUCGCUUUGAAAACGCUGAUCAACGAAGCAAUUAAAAUCGAGCAACAUCGCCAUACACUAGAAUUGGAGAAGGCCCGAAAAGAACUAAUUGAUUGGAGAAACAGCAUGCAAACCCAAAUUCAAGUUAUGCGAGAUUCAUUUGAACAGGGCAAAAAUAUGGCAGAUAUUGUUAUCAAUGAGAUCUAUGAUGAAGUUGGUCGAAUUAUACUUGAGAAAAUUUUACAUGAUGUAACAGCUGAUAUUAUCAAAAGUCAAUUUAUUAAUCACGAUGCGAUACAACAUCAGGCGUACCAAGAGAGUUUUGUUCAAGCCAACGGAGAAAAUAUUUUGAAAUAUGUGCUUGACAUUAAUCGAUACUUUCUCGAGUUAAGUCUACGCGAGAUAAAUACAUCUCUGGUUAGUAUAAUACAUGCCCAAACAUUAAAUGCCCAGCAAAUUAUUCUUAGUAUUAUUACUAAAGCAAAUAGUAUUGUUCAAGCUACCCACCAAGACAACGCACGGUCAAUUGCUAAUGCCAUCGAACAGGGUAUUAGCGCACAAAAUUUGUCAGUAUUACCAGUUGAUAGCAAGUUUGCAUUAAGUAAAAUCAUAUCGUUACCUAUUCAAAAUAUUGACAAUUUUAAGAGAGGAUUUAAAGUGAUUCUCUUAAAAACAAAUGAAGUUCGUGAAAAAGUGGAUAUAUUAACAAGAGACGUUGAGAAAAAUGCUUUGGCUGGAUGUAAACUGCGUUUAUCACGCCGUCUUGGUUGUCAAAGUUGUUGCCCAGGAUGUGGAGCAAAAUGCAGCCGAUCAGAACCACACGAAGCAGAAGUUUUUCAGCCAUGGUAUGAAUGUAAGUGUGGACGACAUCGAUGCAAGUGCCGAAAACCAGAACCAAUACUUGUUAAUUCUCAUGAAAGCGCGCAUCAUUUAGCUGGAGCAUUUCAUGGAAUCAAGUAUCACAAAGCGCAUACUCCUACUUUAUCACUAUGUUAUCAGAACUGGAAAACAUCUGCAAUGAUAAUUGCUGAUGACGAAGAAGUAUUUCCAAUCCAAAAGUAUUAUUAUCAAUAUCAUCCUGAAUGGUAUAAUAGUUUGAAUAAUCAAACAGUUCAUGGCACAGCUUGUAAUGAAGACCUGCCACCAGCCGAUCAACGUCGUGCUUGGAUGAUAGUUCGCCAUGUACUAGUCGGCCAUUACAGCAGUUCCGGUAUGAUCGAUCAUCCUCAUUACGAUCCCACACUAUAUCCAAAAGUUGAUUCUUUACCAUCUGAUUACAAACCAAAAUGGAACGAUAGCGAGCUAAAGUGA